AAACUUUCUCAUCCCUCUAAAACCCUCGUCACUUCUUCAAUCUAGAGAGAGAGAGCGAGAGUCAAACAAAUUUGGAAAUAUCGGGAUAUAGAUAGCGACUGGCACACGGACAGAUAGAGGGAGAGAUGGAAAUCGAAACCCUAGGGACGCAAAUCUAUUGAAUAAGUUUUUCUCCCAUGCUUUUUUUGGGGUGGGGAAUCGCGAGUAGCUCUUAAUAUUUGACUUGAGCAAAACAACCAUGAAAAUCUUAGUACCUAUGAGGAUUAACACCAUUCUAAGGUUUCAGGUCAUCCGUUAACCUAGAUCGGCAUGGUUGCUUGUAGCUGAUGAAGCUUGGCAGGGAUUUUAUUUUGAAGAUAUGCGGCAUGAGAAACAAGAGAAUGUAAUGUUACCUGGUCAGACUUGCCCUCCUCAAAGGUUUCAGGGUGAUCACACGGAGAACAGAAUACUUAGACCUCCCUCUGGGAAUUUUGAUGUAGAUUCUCUUGGUGGAUCAUCAAGAAAAAGGAAAUCAACACUCAUGGAUCAGCCAGGUGCCAUAUCUGAAUCAAAUUUUCAAUAUUGCAGUCCUUGGAAGUCAAAUGCACAACAGGCUAAUUUGCUUUCAGGGGCACAAGUAGAAGAGAAUAUUCAUGGUUUGUGUUUAAACCAAACAAAGGCAAUUGAACCAACAACUUCCAGGCAUCAAUUUGAGAACGAUCAUUUUCAUCAUCAGAAUUGCUAUUCAGGUUCUUGGAUGACUAGUAAUGAGAAUUUCCAUGGAAAUGGAUCAAAAAAUAUGAGCAAUGCUUUUUCACAUGUUCCUCCUCAUCCUUUAGAAUACAAAGGAUCUUUUGACUCAUUCGAUAUGCAGGCUGGGGAGUCUGUUGUGGUAUCAAAUUGGCAACCUCAGGCACAUAAUAUGUUAGGCCUAAGUGAAGGUUAUACAUCCUUUCCCUUUUCGAAACCAUUUGAUGCACAUACCGGAAAAGUUCAAGGUGCUUCUCAUUUUGAGGAGCUAAUGAGCUUCGGGAUCAAGAAUCAUGUCACAGACCAAAUGGCACUGGGAAUGUGCAAUACACCAUCAAAAAGUGUGAGUGCGGAAAUCUUGCAACAGAGUUUUCUUAAGCCCAAGGGACAUUCUGAUGAUAUGGAUAGAAGAACAUGUUCUCAGGAAAACAAAGAGUCUGAAAUCUCUUAUGAAUUGAGACAAAGUAGUCACUGCACAAUCAAUGGGGCAAUUAACUAUGUCCCGACCAUAGAAGCAGCCUCUCUGGGAUCUUCACUUUGCAUUGAACAAAAUCGAAACAUUAGUUUGUUGCAAAAUGAAGUGCAAUUUGGCAGCAGUGGGUCUUUGGGUGCUUGUUUAGGAAAAAAAUUUGAAACUGAAGAACAAAGCCUUGGGGAUGGCUCUGUCAAAAUAAAGGAGAAGACAGAAGCAUCAGAUAUGAUGAAUUUGAAGCAUCCCUUACCGGAGGAGUCUUCAUCUAAAACUGCUAGUCCUGCUAACAUUGUUGAGAAUGGUCAGAAGAGUGGACCAGAUGAAAAGAGUAAAUCACAUCUUGGAAAAGCAGCUUCAGUUGUUUCUGAAAAGCUCUGGGAUGGGCCUCUUCAAUUAAAUUCUUCUGUGACCGUGUCUGCUGUUGCUUUCUUUAAAAGUGGUGAGAAGUUGCUUGAUACCAACUGGGGUGAAUCUGUAGAAGUUAAAGGGAAAGUAAGAUUAGAGGCUUUCGAAAAAUAUAUCCAAGAUCUUCCUCGCUCACGCAAUAGGGGAUUGAUGGUAAUUUCACUUUGCUGGAAGGAAGGAUCUUCUGAAACCGGUCUCAAAGGCAUGAAAGAGAUUGCAAAAGGAUACAAGAAAGGGGAGAGAGUUGGGUUUGCAAAGCUCUCACCAGGGAUCGAUCUUUACAUCUGUCCUCGCAGUGACGCCAUAAUAACAAUUCUUGCAAAAUAUGGUUUCUUCAAGGGCAUGGCAGCAGUUGAGGACAACCGGGACUCAAUGAUAGGUUGUGUAGUGUGGCGGAGAAACAAAACAUCUUCAAAUUCUGUUGUGAAGAAACCAGAGAGUAAGAGCAACUCUUCACAGCCUCUAAACUCUCCUUCUGACUCUCCAAUGCUUCAAGCUGCAGAAAAACAUUUGUCUGUCACGAAACCAACUCAAGCAUCUAGUGAGGGUGUGGGGAAAAGUGGUUGUGAAAGCAAGAAUGUCAAUAACGCCAGCAAAAUCCCGAUUGAGAUCAGUAAUUCGUUCUUGGGUCCCAAUUCUUUGCUCACUACUUCUUCAGUCCCAGGUGAUUCAACAUCCACUCCAGUGGGACUUCCAAAACCUGUGGUUGAAACUCAUCUAACCUGCUGCUCAGGAUCAGAGCAACCCAAAGCAUCUGAAUUACUGAAAGAAAUCACAUCUUUGUCUGAUGAUGAUGAUCUUCCUGAAUAUGACUUCACGACUGUGUGUGGAAUUUCUCAAACCAAUAUGAGCAAGCCUUCAGGUACUGUGUUGUUGGACAAGAUACCUCUAACUGAAGGAAUUAGAAAUACUGGUAGGUCAGUGCUGCCAGGAACACCUAAUGUAUUGGAUCAUUCGAUGCUUCCCAGGCCUCCUUUGAAAAAAAUUUGUGAGGGUGAACCCCAGAUCCCGGUUUUCCCCAGUAGGGAAGAAAGACAAAGCAUUCAGAACAAAGUUACAACUACUCUGGUUGGUGCGGCUACUGUGUUUGCCCCUCCUAAGAAUCUUUUUGAUGACGAUGAUGACAUGCCUGAAUGGUGCCCCCCCGAGCUACGGAGGCAAUCAUUGGUAGAAACAGUUAGGGCAUCAACUACUAUGUUCUCUGAACUUCCAAACCCAACUUUCCGAACUUCAGCUCAAGGCCCUCCACGGCCUGGAUUCCCUUCUGCUACCUAUCAAUCGUUUUCUUCCCAAGCUUUCCAUCCUACAUUUCAUUGUCCAACCAAGGGACCACCACCACCACCGGGCAGGCCUCUUGAAAGGGGUCUGAGUUCUUCAAUGGGGUUCAACGCUACCUCAAUUCUUGGGCCUCCACCCAACUCUGGUGUCAGACUUCCGUUCCAUCCAGUUGAUAAACGACGUCGGAGGACUUGAUAUUAAGAACUCUCUCUUUGACCGGGAAGUUCAACUUGUAAAUAUUCAGGAAGUUGAUUGCAGUUUGAUGCUUUAGCAGAGUCUCCAAGUGCUCUGAUCUUCAAUGGUUGUUAAAGUUGUUGCUACAUAUAUGCUGUUCAAGGUGAAACGUUCUUGUUUAUCUUUGACCUUUGUGUAUAAGGUAACUCUUUGCUGUCACUAGGCAAUACAGUUACUGCAGCGUGAUACAACUGUAAAGAUCUAAGAUCUUGUAGUUUGUUAGUUGUUUUAUUAAUCAGAAACGUAGUAAUGUUCAAUCUUUAGGCUUCCUUGUUCAUCUAUCCUGAAUGCUCUCAUCUUAUAUUCCAAAUCAGUUAUGCUUCGAAUA